GAGCAACUCGAGAACACCACGCCCAAAGAUGUCGAUCGACUUUCCCAAGGAAGAGGAGCGCAUCCUCAAGCGCUGGGAGGAGAUUGAUGCCUUCCUGACGCAAGUUGAGCAGUCGAAGGGCAAAGACCCUUACACAUUCUACGAUGGACCACCCUUUGCGACAGGAAUGCCUCAUUAUGGCCAUCUUCUGGCCUCCACCAUCAAGGACAUAAUCCCCCGAUACUGGUCCAUGAACGGACGAUACGUUGAGCGCCGAUUCGGUUGGGAUACGCACGGUGUGCCCAUUGAGUACGAGAUUGACAAGGAGCUUGGGAUGUCUGGUCGCGACGCAGUGCGGGAGAUCGGUAUUGCGAAGUACAACGAGAAGUGCAGGGCUAUCGUCAUGAGAUAUGCGACGGAGUGGAGGCACACGAUCAACCGGCUGGGUCGCUGGAUCGACUUCGACAACGACUACAAGACCAUGAACACCAGCUUCAUGGAGUCUGAGUGGUGGGUCUUCAAGCAGCUCUACGAUAAGAAUGCUGUCUACCGCGGCUUCAAGGUCAUGCCUUACAGCACGGCCUUGGCUACACCACUCAGCAACUUCGAAGCCUCGCAGAACUACAAGGAUGUUCAGGAUCCCGCUGUGGUCGUGACGUUCCCUCUCGUUGAGGACCCCAAUACAUGUCUGCUUGCUUGGACAACCACACCGUGGACGUUGCCCAUGAACACCGGUCUUUGCGCACACCCUGACUUCGAGUACGUCAAGAUCCUCGACGAAGCUUCCGGAAAGCACUACAUCCUCCUCGAGGCGCUGCUGCGUACGCUAUAUAAGGAUCCCAAGAAGGCCAAGUUCAAGAUUGUGGAGAAGCUCAAGGGCAAGGACCUGCUUGGCUGGAAGUACGAACCUCUGUUCGACUACCUAUAUGACGAGUUUAAGGACUUCGGCUUCAAGGUGUUGAACGAUGGAUACGUCACAGCGGACAGUGGUGUGGGUAUUGUCCACCAGGCACCCGCCUACGGUGAGGACGAUUACCGUGUCGCUAAGGAGGCUGGCGUCAUCACCGAGGACCGAUUGCCUCCCAACCCCGUAGACGAUGCAGGUAACUACACCUCGGUCGUCCGCGACUUCGAGGGUCAGCAUGUCAAGGCUGCGGACAAGGGUAUCAUCAAGCUGUUGAAGGCUAAGGGCAGGCUCAUUGUGGACUCCCAGCUUCUCCAUAGCUACCCCUUUUGCUGGCGAUCUGACACACCUUUGAUCUACCGAACCGUUCCAUCUUGGUUCAUCAAAAUCCAAGACAUCAAGGAGAAGAUGCUGGAGAACAUUGAGGGCUCGCACUGGGUGCCUUCAUUUGUCAAAGAGAAGCGAUUUGCCAACUGGAUCAAGAACUCACCGGACUGGGCCGUCUCAAGAAACCGCUUCUGGGGUACACCGCUACCUCUGUGGGUCAGCGAUGAUGGCAAGGAGGUCGUCUGUGUCGGCAGCGUUGAGGAGUUGAAGAAGCUCAGCGGCUACGAGGGCGAGCUGACUGACAUUCAUCGUGACAAGAUCGACGACAUCACCAUCCCUAGUAAACAAGGCAAGGGCGUUCUGAAGAGGACACCCGAGGUUUUCGACUGCUGGUUCGAGUCUGGAUCUAUGCCAUACGCAAGCGCACACUACCCAUUCGAGAACGUCGAGCAAUUUGAGAAGUCCUUCCCUGGUGACUUCAUUGCUGAAGGUCUCGACCAGACCCGUGGAUGGUUUUAUACUUUAACCGUUCUCGGCACACAUCUUUUUGGCAAGUUGCCCUUUAAGAACUGUGUCGUCAACGGUAUCGUACUAGCGGAAGACGGCAAGAAGAUGUCCAAGCGACUGAAGAACUACCCUGACCCUCUUGGUGUCAUGGAAAGCUAUGGUUCGGACGCCCUGCGAUUGUAUCUCAUAAACUCGCCAGUUGUCCGUGCCGAGACUCUCCGCUUCAAGGAGGCAGGUGUCAAGGAUAUUGUUUCCAAGGUGCUGCUGCCCCUGUGGAAUAGCUACCAGUUCUUCGACCAGCAGGUUGCUCUGCUGAAGAAGGUUGCUGACCUUGAAUUCCAAUUCGACCCUGCUGCCGGGAAGACCAAUGCCAACGUUCUUGACCGCUGGAUUUUGGCCUCAUGUCAAUCGCUGCUCGAGUUCGUGAACGCUGAGAUGGCCGCAUACCGACUUUACACCGUCGUCCCGCGCCUGCUCGAGCUCAUCGACAACACCACCAACUGGUACAUCCGAUUCAACCGUCGCCGUCUCAAGGGUGAGUACGGCCUGGAAGACACAAAGCACGCCCUCAACACCCUGUUUGAGGUUCUGUUCACUCUCUGCCGAGGUCUCGCCCCCUUCACUCCUUUCAUCACCGACAACAUCUAUCUUCGCCUCCUGCCACACAUUCCUAAGGAGCUUCGCGCCGAGGACGAUCGCAGUGUGCACUUCCUUCCAUACCCGACCGUGCGCGAGGAGCUCUUCGAUGAGAACGUAGAGCGCCAGGUCAAGCGCAUGCAGUCAGUUAUUGAACUUGGCCGCAUCUGCCGUGAUCGCGCCAACAAGGGCUUGAAGACUCCUUUGAAGACUCUAGUCGUCAUCCAUCCCGAUCAGCAAUAUCUCGACGACAUCAAGUCCCUGCAGAACUACAUCUUGGAGGAGUUGAACGUCCGCGACCUCGUUCUGUCGAGCGACGAGGAGAAGUAUAACGUCCAGUACACUGCUACUGCCGACUUCUCUAUCCUGGGCAAGAAGCUUAAGAAGGACGCAAUAAAGGUCAAGAAGGCGCUGCCAAAUCUCAAGAGCCAAGAGAUCAAGGACUACAUAAAAAACGGCGAGAUCACCAUUGAAGGCAUCAAACUCGAGGGCGAGGAUCUCCUGGUCAAGCGCGGCCUGGCAAAGGAUGCCAACAGCAAAGACCAGGAGUUCAACACAGACAACGAUGUCCUGAUCAUCCUAGACGUUGCUAGCUACCCCGAGCUUGAGCAGGAAGGUCUGGCACGCGAGGUCAUCCGUCGUGUGCAAGACUUGCGAAAGAAGGCCGGUCUCGUCGCCACAGACGAUGUCGGCAUGGAGUACAAGAUCUUCAGCGAUCCCGACAAUGUCGGUCUGGAGGCAGCCUUCGAGAACCAGGGCCCGCUGUUCGAGAAGGCACUCAGGAGAAAUGUCGACAAGCACACUAUCACGGAGCUCGACGGCAAAAUCCCCGAGAAGGGUAGUGACACUGUAAUUGUCGAAGAGGAACAAGAGAUCCAGAAGGCGACAUUCUUGCUGCGCUUGAUCAAGCUGUAGGGGUCCGAUAAGCAGAAGGAGAGCAUGCCCUGGCGCACUUUAUGAUGUCACAAAAAGAGCAGAUAGAUGAAGGAACGAAUGCAUCAAGAUUUGAACCAUUACACUGAAUUCACAACAUCUAGGGUCGUGAUGGUACAUUGCCUCAUCGACCUCGACUACUCUUGAUAGGGAGCGUUUGCUGCUUUGCCACCAGCUUCCAUCACCGUGUCUUAUAUGCUUUUAAGUAGCAUUCCUUCAGCUUCAUGAACUCCUUUGCACACAUAUCCUUGUGCACGUUGUUGUAGUCUGCGAAUAUGCACUUGCCAUACACAGCGCUCUCCAUAGAACAAUUUCCCACCGCCGCAGCGAGUUUAUCAAUCGGUCUUGU